UGACACUGCUAUGACAGACAAGUGCCUGUUUAUGGCUUUCAUUUUUGACUCAUACAUAAAAAAAAAAAAAGCUUUAUUCUGCACAGGCGCUAUUGCUGAAAGAUAAAUCAGAAAUAUCUUCUGAACAUCUGAAAGAACUGAGGAAACAACAUUUAUUAUCACAAUGAUCUGGAGCCUGUGCUUGCUUUUUGUGGCUGGAGCAGUGCACGCAAGCCCGGUCAGGACCAGCAAAACGGAAUACAAGGUGGCACCGCAAGAAGAAGUCAAUGUGCUCAUGUUUGGUGUCUUACAGUUUGGCGAAUCCCUAAACUAUGCUUAUGAAACCACUGAGGCAAAGAUAGCGAGAAUCAGCCGGUCUUUGAAGAACACUGAGAGAACUCUCCAAAAGCUGGGGAAACAGACUGAGCAGGCUGCAGAGGUGGAGAAACAGAUCAAAGAAGUGAUACAGCUGCUACAGGCCCAGAUGGCCCAGCAACAUGCUCAGACCACAAAGACUAAAGAAUGGCUGACCAGCCUGGAGAAGGAAGAGCAGGAGCUGAGGACAAAAGUGAACCGGUUGGAGAUGUACCUCAGCAACUCUGUACCUCCAAGCAUCAAGGAGCUGCAGGAGAGAGCGGAGGAGCACGACAAAGUCUUGCGAGGCUUACAGCUUUUGACUGAGCUCCAAAAAGAGGAUAUUGAGAGUCAGAAUGAGCAGCUUGCCAAACUGCAGAAGAUGAGUGAAGUGCUGACAUGAUCCAGAUCUUAACUCCAUAAACUCACUGCACUCCCUUCCAACCUCGCUAUGGAUGCUAUAGAUCUACUGUACUGGCAGAAAAUAUAUAUUUUGGGUCCUUCAUAAUUACAUCCUUGUUAU